AUGGGCUACUUAGCAAUAACCAUAUUACACAUUGCUGUUUCUACCCGACGGACGGUCUCGUGGGCCGGCAUUCUUUCUUUUUGGUCGAGUUCAUACUACUCUCCGUUGUUUCAGAAAAAUGCUGCGUCUUUCCGCUCUUCUGUUGUUGGUUUCGCCAGUUUUCGGCGUUUUCGAUAUCAACAUCGGAACUGUCCAAUCUGUGGCUGUCAAAGGCAAAUUGAUGUGUGACACUGUGCCGGCCAACAAUGUGAAGGUCAAGCUCUACGAAGAUGAAGCUGGUAAAACUAUCUUGAAGAUUUUUGGAUUCCAAACUCAAAAUCUUUCAGUUCUCGAUGUUCUGCUGGAUGAAAGAUUCACCGACGCAGACGGCACUUUUACGAUAGAAGGAAAGAAAACCGAAGUCACCAGUAUUGACCCCAAAAUCAACAUCUACCACAGAUGUAACUAUGAUGGAGUAUGUUCUAUAUUUAACUGAGCGUGUAGCUUAUUUUGAAUUUCAGAUCUGCUUCAAGAAAAUCACGAUCGUCAUCCCUGAAGCCUUCGUGACGAAUGGCGAGACGCCCGCAAAAGUUUUCGACAUUGGAGAGCUCAACCUCGCCGCCAAGUUCCAAGGACAAUCCACUGACUGUUUUAACUGA